AUGUACCAUGAACCGACACCAGCACGUUUGUUCAUUUACGACCUUAUUUUAUGGGCAUUCUGCGUUGUGUUCGACUGUUUCUUCAGAGAAAUAAGAUCCAGAGGCGGUUUCAAAGUUCCGAAAAAAGACUCACUUAUUUUUGUUGCUGCACCUCACGCCAACCAGUUUGUCGAUCCUAUCAUUUUGAUGAGCCAAGUCAAAAAGGCCUCCGGGAGACGUAUCUCUUGUUUGAUUGCGGAAAAGUCUCAUAGACGUAAGUUUAUAGGUCUUGUGUCCAGAUCCCAGUUGUCAAUUCCUGUUAAGCGUGCUCAAGAUAACUUGAAAUUGAAAAAAGGUACUAUCAAGCUGGAUCCUGAGAACGAGCUUCACAUAAUUGGUGAAGGUACUAGCUUUCUCAAAGAUUGUCAUCCAAAGGGUUUGUUAUCACUUCCUAAAUCUUUAGGGACAGGACCGAUCGACAAAGUGGACUCAGAUACUGAGUUGUAUUUGAAGAAACCAAUAAAAUUUGCUUCUGAGAAAGCCGAAGCUGAAGCCAGACUACUUUUGGAAUCAGGUUCGAUUUACAAAGCUGCUGAGAAGAUUGAUCAGUCAGAAGUUUAUGCACAGGUUUUUGAACAUUUAGCUCAUGGUCAUUGCAUUGGUGUUUUCUCUGAGGGUGGCUCCCACGAUAGACCAGACUUACUACCAUUAAAGGCGGGUGUUGCUUUGAUGGCACUUGGUGCAAUGGAUGCAAACCCAGGGUUGAAUGUGAAGAUUAUUCCUGUUGGGAUGAAUUAUUUCCAUCCCCACAAAUUUAGAUCCAGAGCACUCGUAGAGUUUGGUGACCCAAUCGAGAUUGACCAAUCACUAACAGAUAUGUAUGCAGACAGCAAAACUUCGAAUGAGGCAGUUCGAAUUUUGUUGGGUGAAAUCACCAAGGGCGUCAAGGCUGUUACUGUUACGUGCCCUGACUUUGAGAGUCUGUCAGUUGUCCAAGCAGCAAGCAGAUUAUACUCUGACCAAUUUUCAAAUAAGUUGUCAAUUGCUUCUAUUGUUGAAAUGAACAGACGCUUACUAAAUGGGUUCUUACAUUUCAAGGAUGAUCCAAGAAUCAAAUCCUUGAAGAACGAGAUUUUGAAAUAUAACGAGGACUUGAAAAGCAUGAAAGUUCCUGAUCAUUUAGUGGGAAAGGCAAUUGUGAAAUCCAAGCUCUCUAUAUUAUUGGAUCUUGUUCAAACAUUCUCUCAAGUAAUCAUUCUUGGGAUAUUAGCCCUUCCUGGUAUUAUCUUUUUUUCACCUGUUUUUGUGGCUACCAAGAAGAUAUCCGAGAAGAAGAGAAAGGAAGCUUUGGCUGGUUCUACUGUCAAAAUCAAAGGGAAUGAUGUUAUUGCCACAUGGAAAAUUUUGGUUAGUAUGGGAUUUGCUCCGAUUUUGUACACACUAUACUCUUUAUUGGGUAUCAGAAUUGUUCACAUUUACUACCCAUCGGCAUCCAAAAUAUUUGCAUUCCUAACCUUUUAUGCGUUUUCUGCUUCUGUGACUUAUUCAGCCUUGAUUUUUGGUGACAAGGGUAUGGACCUUUUCAAAGAGAGUAAAGCAGCUUGGUUAAUGUUGACUAACCAACAAGGAUUUACAGAUUUGAAAACCAAAAGAGACAAACUAGCCUCGGAUAUAACUCAGACAAUCAAUGAACUUGGUCCACAACUUUUCCCAGAUUUCAGCAUUUUGGAAUAUGAAAAGAAGUUAGAGAUGAAGAAGUUAUUGAAAGAUGAAAGGAAAAAGAGACACUUAGAAAAACUUGAAAAAGGAUUGACACAAGAGGAAGCCAUUGAGGAGAUGAAAACACAAGAGUUGAGACGCCGUAGAACUGAGAAGAAGUUGAAUCAAAAGGCCAACACUACUUCUGACAGUGGCUCUGUAACUGAUAAGAAGAUCAGGAUGACUCAGAAUACUCCAAUAAUCAAUGGCGAUGACAAUUCUUCAAGUGCCGGUUUAUCCAGUACCUCUUUAAGUGACUACGAUGAUACUUCCUCAGAAUCAGAAUUCAGCCAUUCUGGAUCCGACAAGUAUAAAACGUUGGGUCUCAUCAAAGAUCAGAUCAUCAAAGAAAAUAGAGAAAGAGAUGAGCUUAAUUGA